AUGGCACAAGACAAAAAAAGCAGCUCAAAUAACUCACUCAAGCUCUUUAUCAAGAGACUUCAAAACUAUCUCCGGCUCUCGAGAAAGCCACACGUGCCGAACGGCGUCAAGAAAGGGCAUUUUACAAUCUUGGUGAAAAACGAGAACGGGCGGCCCACAAGGCUUGUCGUGGGGCUGUGCACGUUGAAACAUCCGGGUUUCUUGAGGCUGCUAGAAAUGGCGGAAGAGGAAUAUGGACUCGGGCAGAGAGGAGCACUGGUCGUGCCCUGUGGGCCCGACGAGGUUCGAAGGAUUUUGGAAGAGAAAUAG